UCAUUUUACUUUAUAUUAAUUUAAAAUUUUACUUUAUAAUUUUACUUUAUUUUAAUAAUUUACUUUUCCUUUAGAAUUGCUUAAAACAAUAUAAGCACCGCAAGCACUUCUGAACCAUUCCGAUUUCAGAUAGGGACUAAACAAGGCUGACCACUCUCCCCACUCUUAUUUUCCAUGAGUCAUCAUGCUAGCAGAGAUAAUUAGAAAAGAUAAGGACAUAACAGGGGUCACCAUACACCAACAGGAAUUGAAACUUUUUCUAUUUGCAUAUUUAACAGCUUUGGUAGUGAUUCUCGGAUGUUUCUUGAAUAUCAGAUAGCACUGUUGUUUUACUCAAAAUACUCAGGGUUUAAUUUGUACUUUUAGAAAAAAGAUUAUACGAAUCAAGAUUAAUGUAGAAGGCGUCCCACAAUCCCUAAAUGUAGUUAAAUCCUUAAUUAGCAUUCAAAUUUUUAGGAUGCAAUACCAGGAAGUAUAAAACACAGCUCUACCAUAAGCGCAAUAUAGUGUGUUCUGUAUUAAAUAUGUGUAGGCCUACUACAUACCAUUUUUGCCCUGGUAUUUCAUGUUUAAUUUAUAUUUGUAUAUAUAUAUUUUUUUUUACAGGCAAUCAGCAAGCGCAAUGAGUUCAGAAUAUACACCCAGAUCCAAGCUUCUGCAUGCUGACAUUAUCAAAGAUUGUAAACAAACCAGUCCAGGACCUCCAACAAAGUAUCUGCUAAUGACAGAGAAAGAGAUUCUGCAUGACAGUGAAAAUAUCAGGCGAUGGACUUUUGGUAAAAAAGGACCCGAGCAAAAUGAACCGAACGAUAUUGAUGAUGGGAGAAACAGGAGCAGGGAAAUCAACCCUCAUCAAUGUGAUGGUGAACUACAUCCUUGGCGUUGAUUGGGAGGAUAAAUACAGAUUUGAAAUCAUUGCUGAUGAGAGUCAAAGUCAAACUAGUUCACAAACAACUGCCAUCACUGUGUAUGAGAUCUUUGGUCACGAAGGUGAUCACAUUCCAUUUUCUUUAACCAUCAUCGACACUCCAGGAUUUGGUGACACAAGCGGAAUAGAGCAAGACAAACUCAUCACAAAAAAAUCUAUAGGAGCUGUUUCAAUCUCCAAAAGGAGUCCACCACAUUGAUGCAGUGUGCUUUGUUGUAAAAGCUGCACAAGUGCGCCUCACACCUACACAGCGGUACAUUUUUGAUUCUGUCCUCUCAAUUUUUGGAAAGGACAUAGAAAAUAACAUUGUGGCACUCAGUACUUUUGCAGAUAGUGGGGAGCCUUUAGUCCUUCAAGCACUGGUAAUGGCAGAAGUUCCAUGUGUCAGAAAUGAACUUGGUACCCCUGUUUACUUCAAAUUCAACAAUGUGUUUGCUGGUUUACAAAUGGAUGAAGAUGAUGAAGAACAAAACGAUGAAGAGGAUGAAGAGGAGGAGGAGGAGGAAAAUGAUGAGGUGUGUCAAUCAUCUUGGAAAAUGAGCAUGAAAAACAUGGCCAUGUUUUUUGAAUCACUAUGUACAAUGGAAGCAAAAAGCUUGGUAUUAACACGUCAAGUUUUAGAGAAACACAAACAACUGGAAAUGGAAAUCCAGACAUUAACAAAGCAGCUACAAGUUGCAAUGCAGCGAGCAGAAGCACUGAGGAGGGUCAGCGACCAAUUAGAAGAACAUGAAGAGGACAUGGAAGCCAACAGAAACUUCUCCAUUCUUUUAGAUGUAAGUGUGAAGGAGAAAUGUGCCGUAAACAAGAAGGCAACAAAUUGUAAUUCUUGCAGGGAAACUUGCCAUCACCCUUGCACAGAAUAUUUUGGGUGUACACGCAUGCAGCAAGACAGAUGCACCGUCUGCAUAAAGAAAUGCAGCUGGAACGAUCAUUGUAAAGAGAAGUUAAUUUAUGUCUUUAAAACAGAAGAAGGUGAAUCAACGUACCUAGACCUAAAGAGAAAGUAUGAAGAAUUGGAAGGUCAAUCGCUGACAGCAAAGAUGUUCCUCAUCAUCUUUAUGAAUGAACUUCACCUGCAACUCAUUGCCAGCUUAAUCUUAAUUGUUAAAAUAAACAGCAUUGUUCAAAAACUGGAUCAGAUCGCUCUGAGACCAAAUCCAAUGAGCGCAGCCAAAUACCUUGACCUCCUGAUUGAAAAAGCGCAAAGGAAUCACAACCCCGAGAGAGUCAAGACACUGACAGAUAUGAAAGAGCAAGAAAAGCUGAAGAAUAACUUCGCCAAUCUGGUUCAUGAAUAAGGGUGUAUCCUGUCAGUAACCACCACAGGAAGAGCUGAGAGUUAAGCCUGCAUAAUGAGUAAUUAUUAAGACAUGUUUAUAGUGCUAAUGUCAAACUAAAUGUACCAUUACAUAGUUGGGCCAUCCAUUCAUUGGAUCCUCUGCUCAACGUACAAUUUAUGUAUAGUUAAACAAAAUGAUUAAUUUUCAUUAUUCUUGUAAGUUUUCUGUAAAGUGUGAAAUAUUUUUGUGUGAGAUAAUCCAUUGAUACUUUUAUUCUAUUGACGUAAUAUUUGUUCGAAAAAUCGACAUUCCGGUUUAGCAUGUGAAUGGAGAAGAAUCUCAUAGACAAGGCGUUCAUUUUGCCAAAUUUGUACUUUGCAUUCUACUUUCUUACAUAUCAGAUUUGAUUGGUGAGUUCGUAAAUUACCUUUUUUGACGUAAAUGUCACACGACUUGAGGAGCAGAAGACCUGUGACUGAAGUUUCAACCGCGAUGGCAAACGUGAAUGGUAAUGGCGUCGACUCCAGUCGGUAAUGGUAAUGGUGUCGACUCCAGUCGGUAAUGGUAAUGGCUCCGACUCCAGUCUGGAAGUAGUCUUACCAGGACUCAUAUCACAGGAACAAACCAUCUUUAUAAAGGACAGAUAUUCAUUUUUUAACAUUCGGACACUGUUUAACAUGAUUUAUUCUAAACAAUUCUCCAACUCCCCUGAGGUGGUAAUCUCCCUAGACGUCCAUUCGACAGAAUUGAAAGGGAAUAGCUAUUUGCUGUUCUUAAAAAAAAAAUUGAAUUUGGGGAAAUUUUUUUCUCAUGGAUCCGUUUCUUGUAUACAUCUCCCCAGGCCAGUGUCUGUACCAAUGACACCCGUUCUGAUGAUUUUGCUCUGGAACAUUUUGCCCACUGUCCCCUUUAAUAUUUACCGUCGCCAUUGAGACCCUUUCAGUAGCUUUACGGACAUCUUCCAAUUUUCCAAGGUGUAACACGGGAAGGAGUUGAACAUAGGUUAUCAUUAUAUGCAGAUGAUUUGUUACUCUAUGUAAGUAGCCCUGUAACCUGUUUGCCUUCUAUCCUUUCUAUUCUGGAGAACUUUGUCUCCUUCUCCGGUUACAACCUGAAUCUCCAGAAAAGUGAGUGCUUCCCAGUCAAUCCAGCAGCGCUGCAGCUCCAGCAGAUAGAUUUGCUCUUUUAGGUUUGCCGCUCUGGUUUCAAAUACCUUGGAUUGAAAUUCAUUAUAUGCUCUUUUGUUCUGCAAACAUUCCUCCCCUUCUUGCACAAAUGAAAACUGAUUUUCAGAGAUGGGGUAGCUUACCACGAUCACUUAUAGGAAGGAUUAAUGCUGUAAAAAUUAACAGUUUACCCAAAUUCUAUUUCAAUCUAUCCCAUUGUUUUUACCAAAGUGUUUUAUUUUUUUAAGUCAAUUAAUCAGGCGGUUACCACAUUUAUCUGGGGAGGAAAGGUACCCAGAGUGAAUAGAUCUUUACUUCAGAGAUUCAAGUUUAGUGGAGGGCUGGCACUACCCAGCGUUUUAUACUAUUACUGGGCAGCCAGCUUUCAGAAAUUGCCAUUCUGGUUACAUGCUCCAGAUACCUCAUGGUGCCACCUAAAGGCACAUUCUUGUAUUUUUGCUUCUCUUGCGUUACUCUGCUUUUCUCGACCAACAUCCCCCUCUCUCUAUACUCGCAAACCUGUAGUGCUUUCCACACUUAAGAUUUGGUACCAGUUUCGACUGUAUUUUAAAUUCUCCUCUGCAUCUACUAUGGGUCCUAUUGACAGGAAUCACUUCUUCCCCGCUUCUCUAAUAGAUAAUGCUUUCUUUCACUGGACGAGGAAAGGUAAUAAAGUCCUUCCAAGACUUAUAUGUACAUUUAUUUUUUUCUGGUUUUCCCAACCUGGCCUCUAAAUACUAUUUGCCUCCAUCUCACCUUCAAAUUAGGCAUUGUGUCCAAUUUUCUGGCUUCCCUGCUCCACCCCCUUGCUAACCCUGGGAUGGUAUAUUGACUCUAUUACCUCGACAGAAAGCAGUCAUUUCUCAGUUCUAUCUGUGUAUUUUGUCAUUGGACAAACACUCCACCAACAAAACUAAAUCUGCUUGGCAGUGGGAAAUGGGUGUUGAAUUUACACAGGAGUGGUGGGACGAGGCUAUUGAUAGGGAACGCUCCAUUGCAUCUUGAGCUCAUCUUGGUCUCAUACAACGUAAGGUUUUGCAUAGAGUGCAUUUUUCCAAAUCCAGAUUGUCUGAAAUAUAUCCAAAUGAUGAGUGAUGUCAUGUCUCACCAUAUGACCUUAGUCACAUGUUCAUUCAAUGCUUUAAACUACAAAAUUACUGGGAUUCAUUUUUUAAAACUUUAUCUGGGGUGCUUAAAAUGAACCUGCAGCAAUGUACCUUGAUAGCUGUUUUUGGUAUUCCAGGAGACUUGUUCUCCUUGGAUCCCAAACAUGGCGAUGUUGCUUUUUACAUCCUUAUUAGCUCACCGUGGAAUUCUUCUCCAGUGGAAGUCUGCUCAGUCCCCCUCUACUUCUCAAUGGCUCAACGAUGUAAUGUUCUUCCUAAAGCUUUAGAAAGUAUUCUCUUAGGGGUUCCAAUGUAUCAUUGGAUCCCCUAAGAGAAACUCACUGGUCUUCAUGAUGUUACUUAUACUGAAACCAUGAACUCUAAACCCACUGGUCUUCAUGAUGUUACUAAUACUGAAGCUAUGUGUUCUAAACCCGCUGGUCUUCAUGAUGCUACUAAUACUGAAGACAUGUGUUCUAAACCCACUGGUCUUCAUGAUGUUACUGAUACUGAAGACAUGUGCUCUAAACCCACUGGUCUUCAUGAUGUUACUAAUACUGAAGACAUGUGUUCUAAACCCACUGGUCUUCAUGAUGUUACUGAUACUGAAGACAUGUGUUCUAAAUCCACUGCUCUUCAUGAUGUUACUAAUACUGAAGACAUUAUAGACCCAUUGAUCUUCAUGAUGUUACUAAUACUGAAGUCAUGUGUUCUAAACUCACUGGAACUCUCUGGGGACAUGUGAACAUCUGGCUACUGUGCUGCUCUAUUCUGGGAGUGUUGCAGUAACCCUGCCCAUGCAAAUAUUACGAUACCACAGCUCACAAUCUCCCAGCCUCAAACCCUAUUGGACUGGGGCAGCUGUGUGAGUCUGACUUGGGCUGACGAGGGCUGGGGAACCAGAAUUCACGCUGGACUAUGCAUAACGUUCAAGUUGGGGACUUCACUCUCAGGUCUUUAUAUAGCUAUGAAUUUAAAUCAAAGCUUAAAAAAAAUCAAAACCUAUUCUACAUUUUGUUCAACAUGUCCUUCAAAAUAAUGCAUUUUCUACAACUCGAUACCCUUAGUGGUCCCAGUAUGUUAACAAUGAUUUAACAUUUUUGCAGAAUAUAUUGAGAGAUAUGUACAUUAUCAUAGUCCGUAGACAGUCUAACCAAUUACAUUAUUGUAUUGUCGUGUCAUAUUUCAAAGAAUUUGUUAUUAGAAUAUGGGAGACUCCGAAGCUCUGCAGCUAAUGAGACAGAGCAGUUCCUCUUUAGCUGAGGGAGGUUUUUGUACGACGCUCUAACACUGUGUGAAUGGAACGCUGUUACUCUGCUGACAGUAGUAAUCUCCUGCAUCUUCAGCCUGGACUCCACUGAUGGUCAGAGUGUAAUGAGUGUUUGAUCUACCAGAUCCACUCCCACUGAAACGACCUGGAAUCCCAGACUGACGGGUUGUAGCAUAAUAAACCAGGAGUUUAGGAGCUUCUCCAGGUUUCUGCAGGUACCAGUGGAGAUUAUUACUAGUACUUGAACUGGCUGUACAGCUGAUAGAGACAGUCUCUCCUGGACUAACAGACUGAGAUUUAGGAGACUGAGUCAGAAUGAUAUCUGCUGAUGAUUCUGAAAAAUAAAACAAAAUUCAAGAAAGGCUGAUUUGUAAGAUUAUCAAAACAACAAUGAUAUUGUAAAGCAUAGCAUAUCAAGCUAAAUGUUAAAAUGUUUUUAAAAAUUCUAUCAUGUUAAAUUAACAAAUGAAGUGUAAAUCUGAAUCCAAAUCCAUAAUGAAUAAAAGUUGGUGAAAGUGUCUCUCACCCUGAACAAGGAGCCCCAGUGUCCACAGCAGUAGAAUCAGUGACAUCAUCAUUGUGCUGCGUGUCAGUGGAUCUGAAAGGAGUGAACAGUCACUGAUCAACACUGGGGUUUUAAAAGUAUGUGGAGCAAUGAGGCAGGACAGCUAUGCAAAUGUCUCAUAUUUUACACAAAUGCGCGCGCGCACACACACACAAAGAUAAAAUAAGUCAGCAGUUUCCAAAACUAUGCUUACUGUAUUUCAAAUCUGAGAAUACUAAAAUCAUAGACAAACCACACAUUAUAACAACUAUUUCUUAAAUGGGGCCUAGUUUGACUCGCUCACACAGUCUUUGAUGUCCCUCAACAGUGGUUGUCAGUCCCGGGAGAAGGUAAACCAAGCUUAACAGUAGAAUUGCUGCCUCUACAUUAUGUCCUUCAAACCUUUUCAUGGUGGACAGUAGUGGAGCUCUGUCUCUCUCCUCUCACCACAGUGUGUAAAGGCAGUUUGAGAGACGGGUAAAGUGGGUGUUUUAAUUUAAGUUAAAGGUCCCCAGAACCGUAUAAAAAAAAGUCACACACUCUAUAGAACCAUUCAAUUGUUAGGAGCAUAUGUAGUGUGCAACUUUAUUUCAUUACUUUUAUACAGUUUACUUUCCAUUAGUCAGCACCUAUUCAAGCAUUACUGGGAUGUGCUUCAGCUCGUGGUUUCAUUACCCUAUCGUAACCACAAAAUAUGUUUUAAACUACCGUGCCACGUCGAUCUCAUGGACUGUCAUUCUUGGCAUCUACACUGGGGACUAAAGAUUAGUGGCAGAGGGAGGAGGGAAGACUGACUCAAAUCAGUCAUAUCUGGUAUCAGAGGUGUUGAGGGCUUCUCAUUCAUAUAGAAAUAUAGCCUAUAGUGUUGAAUACAUGGUUUACAGUAUCACUAUUUAGGAUUUAGCCUUUUUCUUGUUUUGAACCGAAAGGUAUGAUCCUUUGGGUGGGGAUACAUUUGCCUGUCCAUGUAGCAAAUGUGUUACAUCUGACAUAUAUGUGUCAAGUUCUGACCUUAGUUCCUUUGUUUUUCUCUUUGUUUAGUAUGGUCAGGGCGUGAGUUGGGGUGGGCAGUCUAUGUUUGUUUUUCUAUGUUGGUUUUCUGUGUUCAGCCUAGUAUGGUUCUCAAUCAGAGGCAGGUGUCGUUAGUUGUCUCUGAUUGAGAAUAAUUCUUAGGUAGCCUUUUUCUACCUGUGUUUUUGUGGGUGUUUGUCUUCCGUGUCAGUCGCCACGCGGGACUGUUUCGUUUCUUCACGUUUAUUAUUUUGUUCCAGUGUUCAGUUGUGUUUUUGAAUAAAUCAAUAUGGACACUUACCA